AUGGAGAGGAUGACCCUCCGCCGGUCCGGCGACGUGGCUGCUGCCGCCGCCGCCGCCGCCGCCGUGGGGGUCGUCGGGGAGGAGGAAGAUGUGGUCUGGGGAUUGAGGAAUUUCAAGAGCAGCGCGCCGCCGGCGAGGGUUCUGUUCUUUGCCGGCGGCUACUGGGAAGAUUUCCCCGCGGAGCUGCUCAAGGCGCUAAGGGAAGCAUUCGUGGCGGAGAAGGCCAUCGUGGAAGUCCCCGCCGGGGAGUCCCUGUUCCUGUUUGACUUCGCUAGGAUGCUGCAGAUCGACCCGUCGACGUGCGCUCGGAAUCCCAUCGCCUGGAUCGACGUCAACGGCCGCUGCUUCUUCCCCAGAGUAUUCGUCGGAAGAGGGGUCAACGAGAACGGGGGCGGCGCUGCGCCGUCGGAGAGAUCGAACGACAGCGAGGCGAUGUCGGCCGCUGGAGACUCUCGCCGGCAGCGGUGGGAGAGUCUGCAAGUUCUCAGCGAAGGUGACAGGUGCUACAAGAUCGUACGGAGUCUCUUUCUCACUGGGAUGAGGAGGUUCUCUCCGCACACGAGGAUCACUCGCAUCCGCAGGGGCUUGCGGUUGAAAGCUUUCAUGGCGCAGGCGGAGAGGACCAAGCUCGCUGGCGGCGCCGCCAACAUCAAGUUCGGAUGGUAUGGCGCCGACGCUUCCGCCGUCGCCGCCGUCGCUGCCGACGGCUUCGGGUCCCCGAUCCCUGGAGCGUUCUUGUCCCAUGCGAGUUAUCCGUACCCAAGGUAAGAACCAGGGUGGGUGACGGAGGGAGGGUCUUCCUUGCAUUUUUCUGGUUUUGUUUGGUGACGAAUGGUUGGGUUUCCUCUGGUGCAGUUCGCUGCUGUCGGAGGUUGAUGAAGACGGCGAGAGGCAUAUCGUUCUCUGCAAGGUCAUAAUGCGGAGCCCAGAGAAGGUUGACUUUAGUUCCCCUCAGUCGCAUCCCGGGAGCGCCGCCGCGUUCGUCUGCGGCGUGGAUGAUCUCGAGAAACCCAGAUGGGAUCUUGUUUGGGGCGCCCAAAUGAACACGAACAUUCUUCCCCAGUACAUUGUGAGCUUCAAGACAUCAGGUUCAGGCAUUCUUCCUCUUCUUCUUCUCCUUGCUCCUUCUCGUUCUUCGUCUCAUCUACUUUUCGUCUUCUAUUUGACCAGAUCCUCAGAGACCCAUGACGAAGGGCGCCAAGGGAGAAGCGGUCAACAGGGGGCUAUCGUUUCCUAAACUGUUUGCCGAAAUGGGAAGCUCCCUCCCUUCUUCCAGAGUGCAGGCACUACAGGUUCUGUACAAUCGCUUCAAGGUUCGUUCUUUCGUCCCUGAAGCUAUCAUACGCAAGGUUGAAACCUUGGGAGAUUUAUUCAUAAUCCGUUUUAUUUCUGUGCGACUAAUCCGUUGACGAAAACCCAUCUCCUGUUCUGCAGGCCGGGAGAGUCUCCAAAGACAUCUUCACUGCAGGUCUGAGAAGAAUCGUCGGCGAUAGGUUGCUGAGGACGGCGAUUAAGCGAUGUAAUGGCCGCUAA